GGCAGUCCCAUGCUGGCCGGGGCAGCGGUCGCGCGGGGUGGUCGCUCGACAAGGGCCGCCGUCGGACGGGAGUGGUGACGACGACGACGAGCGAGCAAGAGGACAUGGCACGGGGCGCUCCGGCGCUGCUGUGGCUGGUCGCGGCCUUCGCCGUCGCCGCGACCAAGCAAGUUGGUUUUCUACUACGCCAAGUAAGUUGGCGAGGGCAGACGACCCUUCAGACCACGCGCAGCCGACUGAGUCUGAGUGUCGGCCUUACAUCGAGAAGGCCUUGAAAGAGCUCGGGAGCACGGACACCCCACCAGGAUCUUUAGAAGAUACUGGCAGCAUGGAGGCAGAAAUCAUUCCUUCUUCAAUGGACGAAAAUUACAAAGAGGGUCCAGAAUCGAUCGAACUGGAGGGUGAAAACGGCGAAGAGUCAGCAGCUCAAAAGGAAGAAACUAUUUCAGAAGCAGAUGAAAAAAGUUCUGAAGCACAGGAAAAAAUCAAUGAGCAAAGUGAUGAUGCAGAUCACAACGAUUCUAUAGAGACAGAUAAUAGAGCAGAAGUAGAAAGUGAAGAUGACAGGAGCAUAGAAGAGGAGGGUGAAAGUACAGUUGAAGAAGAGAUUUCUGAGGCUGAAAGUGAAGAGAAUGCAAUAAAUGGUGAAAAGGGUGAGGAUGAUAAAGAUAGAAAGAGCAUAGAGGAGGAAGAAGGUGGAAAGAGUGUAGAGGAAGAAGGUGAAAAGAUUGCGGCAGAAGGAGAAGGUGAAAAGAGCAUAGAGCAAGGAGGAGAAACAAGUGUAGAGGUUGACGAGGAUGGAAAGAGUGGUGAGGAGGAAGUUGGAAUGAGUGUAGAGGAAGAAGUUGGAAAGAGUGGUGAGGAAGAAGAUGGAAAGAGUGAAGAGGAAGAAGGUGGGAAGAGUGUUGAGGAGGAAGAAGGUGGAAAGAGUGUUGGGGAGGAAGAAGGUGGACAGAGUGAAGAGGAGGAAGAAGGUGGAAAGAGUGAAGAGGAGGAAGGUGGAAAGAGUGAAGAGGAGGAAGAAGGUGGAAAGAGUGAAGAGGAGGAAGAAGGUGGAAAGAGUGAAGAGGAGGAAGAAGGUGGAAAGAGUGAAGAGGAGGAAGAAGGUGGAAAGAGUGAAGAGGAGGAAAAGGGUGUAAAGAGUGUUGAAGAAGGUGGAAAGAGUAUAGAAGAGGAAGAGGGUGUAAAGAGUGUUGAGGAGGAAGAAGGUGGAAAGAGUGUUGAGGAAGAGGGUGUGAAGAGUGUUGAGGAGGAAGAAGGUGGAAAAAGUGUAGAGGAAGAGGGUGUGAAGAGUGUAGAGGAAGAAUUAGGAAAGAGUGUAGAGGAAGAAGGAGGAAAGAGUGUAGAAGGAGGAGGAAUAAGUGUGGAGGAUGAUGGGAAGAGCACAGAGGAGAAUGUAAAGACCAUAUACAAGGCUGAGGAAAUUGGAAAGAGCUUGGAAGAGGAGGAGGAGGAGGAGGAAGAUAGAAAGAGUGAUGUUGAGGAGAAAGGUGGUAAGAGUGAAGAGGAGGAAGGUGGAAAGAGUGUAGAGGAAGAAGAUGGAACAAGUUCAAAGGAAGAGGAAAGUGGAAAGAGUGAAGAGGAAGCUGAAAAAAAUGCAGAGGAGGAGGUAGAUGGAAAAAGUAUACAGGAGGAAGAAGAUCAAAAGAGUACAGAAGAGGAGGAAGAUGUAAAGAGCAUUGAAAAAGACGGUAGGAAGGGUACAGAAGAGGAAGAUGGUAAAAGUGAAGAAGUUGAAAAGAGUGUAGAGGAGGAAGAGAGGAAAAGUAGAGAGGAUGAAGAGGUAAAGAGCAUUGAAGAGGAAGGUGCGAAAAGUGAAGAAGAUAAGGAAAAAGAUGGAGAGGUAGAUGACCGGGACAGUGGCGAAAAAACUGAGAAUGAUGUCGAAGUGCAAGAAGAUAGUGCCGAAAUACAAAAGGAAAGUACUGGAGAGGUUGAAAGUACUGAAGAUGUAAAAACUAUUGAAAUAGAAGAAAGCAGCCAAGAAGACCUAAAUAAAAAUGAAACUGUCAGUAGCGAAAAAGAUGAAGAAUCCUUGGAAGAGGAGAAACCUGAAGUUACGCCCGAAGAGGAGUUAACACAGGAGAUUGAAAUCCCCGAGGACCUGAGGCCGAGGGACCACAUCGCGCAGCUGCUGCACCUGGACGACGACUCGGCAGAGAACGAGCUGCUGCUCGAGAAGACGGUCGAGGGGACCCUCAAGGAGCUCAAACGGCUGUACGACGUCGCCAUCAAGCCGCUGGAGACAGUCUACAAGUACCGCGACCUCAGCAAUCGGCAUUUCGGAGAUCCCGAGAUUUUCUCAAAACCCCUCAUUCUGUUCAUGGGCCCAUGGAGUGGAGGGAAAUCUUCGAUAAUUAAUUACCUUCUCGACAACGAAUACACUAAAACGUCUCUACGUACAGGUGCCGAGCCCUCCCCCGCCUACUUCAACAUCCUCAUGUGGGGCGAGCGGGAGGAGGUGGUGGACGGGACCCAGCUGGCCGCGGACUGGACCUUCUCCGGGCUGCAGAAGUUCGGCCAGGGGCUGCUAGACCGGCUGCGCGGGCUGCGCUUGCCCAACAAGCUGCUCGAGAAGGUGAACAUUGUUGAGAUCCCCGGCAUCCUGGAGAUCAGGAAGCAGGUGGAGCGGCUGUUCCCCUUCAACGACGCCUGCCAGUGGUUCAUCGACCGGGCGGACAUCAUCUUCCUGGUCUACGACCCGGCCAAGCUCGACGUGGGCCCCGAGACGGAGGCCAUCUUGGACCAACUCAAAGGACGGGAAUACCAGACGCGCAUCAUCCUGAACAAGGCGGACCAGGUGCGACCGGAGGAGCUGAUGCGCGUGCAGGGGACGCUGGUGUGGAACAUCAGCCCGCUCAUGUCCAGCACGGAGCCGCCCGUCAUGUACUCCGUGUCCUUGUGGUCGCUGCCCUACGAGCAGGGGGCGCCCCUGCGCCUGCUGCAGGCCCAGGAGAGGGCCUUCCUGCGGGACCUGCGCGACGCCGUCGACAAGCGCGUCGAGAACAAGAUCGCCAGCGCGAGGAGGUUCGCGGUACGGGUGCGCAACCACGCCAAGAUGGUCGACUGCUACCUCACCACCUACUACAACCACAAGUCCAUCUUCGGCGACCGCAAGAAGGUCAGCGGGGACAUCGUGGAGCGGCCGCAGAACUACCACAUCUACGAGGGCCUCAGCACCUUGACCAACAUCUCGCGCUACGACCUGCCCGACCCGGAGGUGUACCGCGACUUCUUCCGCCUCAACCCGCUCUACGACUUCCCGCUGCUGGCGUCCACCUGCACCUACUUCCGCGGCUGCCCCAUCAACCGGCUGGACGUCGCCAUCGCGUACGACCUGCCCGAGCUCGUGGGCAAGUACAAGAAGUCGGUCGGCGAGGUCACCGGCAAGACCAGGCCCAAGAGCUGAGCGCCGGCCCGCGCCUCGCGGAGCACCGAAACACCCGCCCCCUCCCCCUCUGUCGUCCCACCACGGGCGGCGAAGAACAGGUCUCGGGCACCGCCCCCCUACGGUUCCCAGACGGGAGCCACGCGCAGGAACGAGAACCAUUUCCAGCUGAAAACAAGCACAUCUUGCGAAAAUGUAAGAUUUAAAUAAAGUACUUUAGAUAAA